AUGGAUACUAAUGGCUUACUUCUAUGGCUACGAGAAAAUGAUCCGGAAGCCAAAUCUAAUCUAAAAUUCUCGUCUAAACUACAAGUACAAUAUUUUGAAUCAUCGGGCUAUGGUCUUUAUUAUAACUCUUCAACACAAUUUUCACCACGUGAACUUCUUAUUAGUCUCCCCAAAUCGUUGCUAAUAAACUAUUUGAGUUGUUCUAAGCAUAUACUAUCAUAUAAAGGGUCUCAAGACUGCUUUUUGUUUAAUUCUUUGGAUUACAAUUCUAUUAAAUUACCGGGCUCUUUGGAAAAUGAUGAAUUCUCGAGAAACAUUUACUCAAAGCUAGAGGCCAGUGAUCUUUAUGCCUUAUCAUCUUUUCAAUUGGUGACAUUCUAUUUGGUAAUAGAAAGUCAAAGAAAGUCGAGUUUUUGGUCUCCUUUCCUUCAAGUACUACCCAAACUACCAACAUUUUACGGGAUUCCAUUAACUUGGGAAAUUUGUAACUUGGAAUUCUCAAUUGAUGGCGACAACCUUGACAAAAUUAAUAAUCACAAAGAUAUUGAUGACUGUGGAGUUUUAUCAGAUAUAGAAAAUUCAAAUUUGUUGAUGAAGAAUCCUUUAAUUUCUUUGCUUCCAUUUAGUAUGCAGAUACAUGUUAAGAAGCAGUAUUAUAAAUUCAAAAAUGAUUAUCAAACUAUAAUAUCUUUGAUCAAAAAGAGGUGCACGUUAUCCCAAACCGAAAUCCAGGAUAUUAUUCCAAUGGAAAAAUUUCUUUGGUCUUGGCUUUGCAUCAACUCACGGUGUCUUUAUAUGGAGUUACCGCUGAAAUUUGAUAAUAAGACCAUCGAUGAUAACUUUACAUUAUGUCCAUUGGUAGAUUUCAUUAAUCAUUGUGAUGAUUCUCAUUCCAACAGUUCGUCUAUAAAGAUUGAUAAAUCACUGUUUUCGGUUUUCACAUCGGGUGAAAAUCCUAAUUAUAGAACCUCUAAUGAAGAGAUUCAGGAACUAUAUUUUAGUUAUGGGGCUCAUUCCAAUGCUUUUUUGUUUGCUGAGUAUGGAUUUAUUUUAUCUGAUUCCAACAAGUGGGAAACAGUGGAUAUUCUGGAAAAUAUUCUGGAAAUGCUAGAUGAUGAGAAAACAAAGUAUUUAGAAAGCAUUGGAUAUUUUAAUGAUUAUUCCAUCAAUCAUGAAAGUAUUAGCUUUCGAACUACUGUGGCAUUAUCAUUAAUCUCAAAUAGUGACGCCAAAGAUCCCUUCAGAAAAAUUAAUUUUCUCAUCAAUGGAACAAUUGAUGAAACAGAAUUUGAAAAAAAAAAAUAA